AAAAACUGCGCCACUUAGUUUUAUUUUAUUUUGUGAAAUAUUUCAAAACUCCCACGACUCCCACUAUACUUCUGCAAAUCCCUAACCUAUCACUACUAAAAAUAUGGAAUUGCCCCAAUUGUGCGCUCAUCAAUCUCCCUAAUCUCUCUGAAUAUCAUCCUCAAUUUUUUACUUGAAGAACCAUAAACAUUUAAUUCGUUUUCUUUUUGCUGAAUUUUCCCUUUUAAUUUGCCCAAUUCGUCAAUUUUGUUUGAGAAUUUUAAUCGACCCAUACAAAUUCAAAAUUCUCAUUCUAAGUUCUAAUUUCAAUAUUCUCGAAAAAACUCUUGUCAAAAAGAAAGAGAUCCAGAAAAGAGGCUACUUUCAGGGUAUGGCGUUGAGCAAGAACAAGAGAUUGCGAUUAACUACCAAUCCUCAACAAGAUAAUGGCAGUAUUGUGCAUCAAACAAACAACUCCGUUAAUGGGUCACAUGCUCAAAGAUCUACAAACGAAAGAGAUCAAAGGGUACAAAGAGAACAACCUUCAAAUGAAAGGAAUCGUAGAGACCAAACUUCUACAAAUGGAAUGCAACAAAGGAGACAAAGAGAUCAAAUUUCUAAUCAUGAAUUAAGGGAGCAAAGGGAACAAAGAAACCAAAAUCCUUCAAAUGAAAUGCAUCAAAGUAGUCAAAGGGAUCAGAUUUUUCCAAAUGAAAGAAGUGAGCACAGGCAGCAAGGGAGACAAACAAAUCAACAAUCUUCAAACUUAAGGCACAACAAUUCUAGUGAAGAAUCAGGUGGUUCUAGUCACAGAAAUGAUGUUUAUGAAUACACAAUUGAAGAUACAAAUGGAAAUAGAAGACGUGGAAAGACUGUUCUAGCAGAUGUUUGGAAUCUACCAGAUGGGCAAAGAAUUGUAGUUGAAGUUAAUAAAGAGAAUCAACCAAUUGGUGAUGAAGGAGGAGUAUUAGGCUACUUUUGUGGAACAGUUGCUAGGAAUGGGUCACUUUGCUCUCUAACUUAUACAAGAUGGGAUUUAUUGAAAAAAGGUUGUAAUAAAAACAACCAAAAAUUGAUAUUACAGGAAGUUGAGAGACGAUUUCUUUACCCAAAAGCACUUGAGAAGUGGAUAUUGAAGUCAAUUGGGCAUAAAUGGAUAGAUUACAAAUGCUACUUAAAAGGAAAAGGCUAUGAUGAUGAUACAGAUGUCAACACUCUUUAUGAUAAUUGUCCGGAUGAUGAUGUUGAUUAUGAUCAAUGGGUUAGUCUUGUCAAUUUCUGGAGGUCAGAAGAAGGACAGAAAAGAAGCAAGCGCAGUAAAGAAUCACAUGCAAAGGCCAAAGUGAAGCCAAUUCAUACUACUGGUACUAAGAGUCAUGCACGUGUUCGUGAAGAGAUGAAAAAAAAAUUUAAACAAGAGCCCAUCACGUACUCAAGUUUAUUUACAAUGUCACCAACAUGAAAGUGAAGCGGAUAUAACAAAUCAAAUAAAAAAAGUUGCAACUGAGCAAGGAGACCAAGAAGACUUGGAUGAUGAUCCUGUUUCAAAAGUUCUAGGAAAAGAUCAAUAUGGUCGUGUCCGUGGUUUAGGAUUAGGUGUUAAGCCAUCGGAUGUGGGCGAAUCCUCUUACCCUAGAUUUUGCAAUGGUUUGAAAAUGUCCUCUGAUAAUGAAGCAGCAAUUAUACACUAUUUUCGACGACUGAAGGAUAAAGUGAAUAGAUUGAGACAUCGUGUCAAAAAGCAAGCAUAUAAUAUGACAAAGGUGAAAAGGACGCUAGAAGAUCAUGACAUUCUUGUGACUCUUGCCUCAGAAACUGAAUCUGAAACUGAAUCUGAAACUGA